CCUCAUACCAAACGCCCCGUUAGGGUUUAAAUUUGGGGCCAAUAAGAAUCGACUUAAAUGUUUCUGGAGAUUUAUUGGAAGAUGAACUGAUUAACAUUACAGAAAGAUCUUAACAAUGGAUUCUCCGGUGGUAGCUGUUAAAGAGAACAAGCUAUUUAAAGGAGCUUUUGCUGUCGGCGGAAUCAUUGUUACUCUCGUCAUCUAUGGUGUUUUACAGGAAAAGCUCAUGAGAAUUCCGUAUGGACAAAACAAAGAGUUCUUCACAUACUCACUAUUUCUAGUCUUCUGCAAUCGUCUUACGACCUCAGCUGUAUCUGCCGCUUCUUUAGUGGCGAGUAAGAAAGCUUUGGAUCCUGUUGCCCCUGUUUAUAAGUACUGUGUGGUGUCUGUAACAAAUAUUCUAACCACAACAUGCCAGUAUGAGGCCCUUAAAUAUGUCAGUUUUCCUGUCCAGACUCUUGCAAAAUGUGCCAAAAUGAUACCAGUCAUGAUUUGGGGUUCUAUAAUCAUGCAGAAAAGAUACAAGGGGAUUGAUUAUUUGUGGGCUGUCCUCGUGACCAUUGGAUGUUCAGUGUUUAUUCUAUAUCCGGCAGGAGAUGAUAUCAGCCCCUACAAGAAAGGGAGAGAGAGCACAGUUUGGGGUAUGUCCCUCAUGGCUGGAUAUCUGGGAUUUGAUGGCUUUACAAGUACAUUCCAAGAUAAAUUAUUUAAAGGUUACAAUAUGGAAAUACACAACCAAAUAUUUUACACAACAUUGUGCUCCUGUGUGUUAAGUUUGACUGGACUUGUAUUACAGGGGCAACUUCUAGCAGCUGUAGAUUUUAUACAUAGGCACAACGAUUGUUUAUACGAUAUUGUAUUACUUUCAAUUGUAGCUACUGCUAGUCAGUUCUUCAUUUCUUAUACAAUUCGGACCUUUGGUGCUCUCACAUUUGCAACCAUAAUGACUACAAGACAGCUUAUCAGCAUCCUGCUCUCAUGCCUAUGGUUUGCUCAUCCUUUAAGCCCAUUGCAAUGGAUUGGAGCAGUUAUUGUCUUCGGUUCACUAUAUGCAAAAAGCUUCUUGAGGGAAAACAUUCAAAAAUCCCUGCCUCCUACAGACGAGCAAGAUAAAGAAUUGGCUCCAUUAAAGGGCAACCCGUAAGAUGAAGGCAAUUUUUUCAUCAUCGUAGUUUAGCCCCAUGAUGAGGUUGCCAAGUGACCCCAUUGUCGAGAAGCUCAGACGUGAUCUUGUAGAAGGGGUUUUUUGUGGCGAUAAUGGAUAGAUAGUUUAUUAGUUGGGAUUUUUUUAGUGAAAAAACGGAUAGGGGAUAGUUUAGUAGUAGUAGGGAACAUGACCGAGUUGAUAAUUUUGGCUUCUCUGCUAUAUUUUCAGAACGAGAAGAGGAAUAGGUUACCUUAUUGCUAAAGCAACCCGGCAGUUCAGCAUGUAUUAUAAUUGGAAAACUUUUUUUUGGCAAUUCAGCUAAUUUAUGUGAAGUACUCCAAGAUAAUUAUGUUUA